GCCCGGGGGCGCUGUGGGCCCCUGGGAGCGGGCGGCUCUCGGGCUGCCGGCCGCGCUCACUUGCUCUGCGCUCACUCGCGCGGAGGUUUCCCCGCCGGCCGCGUCCCGUCCGCUCCCUGCGAACCAGGAGUGCCCCCUGCGCGCCCCCGGGCUCCGCUCCGGCCCGGCUGCGCCAGACGCAGCUCUGCCCGACGGCGACAUGGGCGCCCCCCCAGUCCCGGAGGCUGGCAGCUGGCGCUGGGGGCCUGUGCUCCUCGCCUUCUUCCUGGCUGCCUCCCGAGGUCUGGUGGCAGCAUUCAAGGUCGCCACGCCGUAUUCCCUGUAUGUGUGUCCCGAGGGACAGAACGUCACUCUCACCUGCAGACUCUUGGGCCCCCUGGCCAAAGGGCACGACGUGACCUUCUACAAGACCUGGUACCGCAGCUCACGGGGUGAGGUGCAGGCCUGCUCGGAGCGCCGGCCCAUCCGCAACCUCACGUUCCAGGACCUUCACCUGCACCACAGCGGCCACCAGGCCAACACCAGCCAGGAUCUGGCCCAGCGCCACGGGCUGGAGUCAGCCUCUGACCACCACGGCAACUUCACCAUCACCAUGCGCAACCUGACCCUGCUGGACGGCGGCCUCUACUGCUGCCUGGUGGUGGAGAUCAGGCACCACCACUCGGAGCAGCGGCUCUACGGAGCCAUGGAGCUGCAGGUGCAGAGAGGCGAAGAAGCACCAUCCAAGUGCAUUGUGCACCCACCCUCCUCCAAGGAGAGUGAAAGCAUCACGGCUGCUGCCCUGGCUACGAGCGCCUGCAUCGUGGGCAUCCUCUGCCUCCCCCUCAUCCUGCUCCUGGUCUACAAGCAAAGGCAGGUGGCCUCCAACCGUCGUGCCCAGGAGCUGGUGCGGAUGGACAGCAACAACACUCAAGGAAUUGAAAACCCCGGCUUUGAGAUCUCUCCACCUUCCCAUGGGAUGCCAGAGACCAAGCCCAGGCAACCCCUGACCUAUGUGGCCCGGAGGCAGCCUUCUGAGUCUGGGCGGCAUCUGCUCUCUGAGCCCAACACUCCUCUGUCUCCACCAGGCCCCGGGGAUGUCUUCUUCCCCUCCCUAGACCCUGUCCCUGACUCUCCAAACUCUGAGGCCAUCUAGACCAGCUGGGGGCCGUGGGCAGUUGUGGCUGGGCCUGGGGCAGGUGCAUUUGAGCUAGGGCUGGCCCUCUGAGUGGUCCCUUGGCCUUGGACCUGGUUUCUUCCCUCCUGAUCUAAGCUCAGACUCUUUGAAAUACUCCUGAUGGCCAGACCCUCAGCCUCUCUGGAUGCUACAUGGCAGAAGGGAGAAGGUGUUGGAUUGCUCAGCCCCUGUCUCAAGGAUGGUGGGGUGCUGGGAUCCCACCCCAGAGACCUGAAAUUCACCAGCUACUGAUGCCAAAUGACCUCCAUCUUAGAAGCCCCAGAACUGCCAGCUGUGUGGCAGCCUCUCUCCCUGGGACAUAAGCCUUGGGACCUGACAGCAGAGAUGGGCACCGGGCAGACUCCCCAGUGCCACCCUCCAGGCAUGAGACAUAGGACAAGAUGUGGAGAGACUCGUCCCCACUGUGGUGGACCCAGCUCCCCCAUCUCGCCUGAGACUGCUCAUCUGUCAAACCUCUUUGUAAUCAUGAGGCUCUGGGGCUGGGCCUGCCUGACCCUGGGCCGUGGGAGCCUUCCCCAGCUGCCUUCUACCAGCCAACUCUGAGGAGCCGUCAACAGGUUACACAAAUCUGGGGCUCCCACUGCCUGCAUUCUGGUCCCCAGAAUUCAUUGGCCAGAAGCCCCAAAACGGGAAGUAUAUGCUGCGGCACGGUGGCCACUGUGAGCCAACUGGCAUCUUGGGCAAUGGGAACCAGGCCAGAGGUUGCACCACCCACCGCAGAUGGGAGUAGAGGGGAGAGCCAGGGGCCUGCUGGGAAGGCGAGCGGAGAGGGCUCCACCGCCUGCUCCCUGCGGUCGAGAGAGCUGGUGACCACAUAAUGUACUGCUCAAACUGUGACACUCUUGGGGUGCUAUUCAAAACUACUUGGGCAACAGUGCAAAACCUGUGGGUGGAUUGUAAGAGCUGGGUUUAAAUCCCUACCCUGCUUCCGAGGUGCCUGAGGCCCAGGGAGCCCUCUUCCCCCACCCCCCAGUCUUUGGUCCUCUGUUCCAGUCAAUCUGUGCUGAGCCUUCACUGCAGCGUGAUCCUGUUGGGUGGGAGGGGCGGGCGUGUCCCUAGAAAGUCUUAUGCCCGCUCUGCUCUGGACCCUCUGCUCCCAUCUCCCGCUUCAGGGCAUGACCCAAGUUUGUUUUUAUACACAUAUAUGAGGGGAAUCCUUUGUGGAAUUUCGAUUAAAGAGUUUUAAAGCAUG